AUGCCGCAGGGACACGACACCUCUGUACAACUGUGCCGCAUCAAACUAGAUAGAGCUCCACCAACCCCCAUCAGCCAUGAAUCAAACACCUCAAAAUCCAAAGCGAACUUGACAAAAGUCUCCGUCACGUUCAAUUGCGGUCAACCGCCGAAGCAACAACGGACCACCACCUUUGGAUGA